AUGAUAGAAAAGAAGAAGAAUAAGAAGAAGAACUUUUUUACGCUGUUGGUCGAAAACUUUCUCUAAUCUCUAUUUUAGGCCCUUCCAUGUUGUUUAAACGCGGGAUGGAACUGAAUUUCGUUAAACACUUAAAUGAUAAUACAGCCGAGUUUAAGAGGACUCUGGAUAGAAUCGUCGACAAGUAUUCAAAACUUGACGAUGAAGACGAGGCGAUAGCUGUGGACAUCAGCAAAAUAACAACAAAGACUCUUGUAUCGUAUUUGGGACGUUACAACAAGUCUCUAGAGUCAAAGACCCAGCCAGAUCUAGAGGACCAAUCCUUAAACUCAGGUACAUCUUCAAACUCUGAGUUACAUUUUCCCCAUGAUGAUGAUGAAUCGGAAAACCAAAGUAUCUACAGCACGGAACUUCCUGAGGACCAUGGCGCAGAUAAGGCAAUGCGCUUGUUGGAUGAAAGCUGCUGGAAUUGGUCAGAGAACGAGCCCCAGCCACCGGACCAGGAUGGAGAUAUGAGUAGCCAGAGCUACUCCCUGGCUGAGCUCUACCCAACGAUGGUCAGUCGGAUAAGAAGAGCCUGGCAUCGGCAGGCUGUCUCUGUGGCCGCCGGCUCUGUGGUGAGGAGGUACCGCAGAUGGAGGCAGAGGCCUAAAGGAAUCCUGAACAGCACAUUUGACCUCACAGCAAGACCAGCUGAUGGUGCUCUUGUAUCGUAUGUGGGACGUUCCAACAACUUUCUAGAUUCAAAGACCCAGCCAGAUCUAGAGGACCAAUCCUUGAACUCAGAUACAUCUUCAAACUCUGAGUUACAUUUUCCCCAUGAUGAUGAUGAAUCGGAAAACCAAAGUGUCUACAGCACGGAAUUUCCUGAGGACCAUGGCGCAGAUAAGGCAAUGCGCUUGUUGGAUGAAAGCUGCUGGAAUUGGUCAGAGAACGAGCCCCAGCCACCGGACCAGGAUGGAGAUGUGAGUAGCCAGAGCUACUCCCUGGCUGAGCUCUACCCAACGAUGGUCAGUCGGAUAAGAAGAGCCUGGCAUCGGCAGGCUGUCUCUGUGGCCGCCGGCUCUGUGGUGAGGAGGUACCGCAGAUGGAGGCAGAGACCUAAAGGAAUCCUGAACAGCACAUUUGACCUCACAGCAAGACCAGCUGAUGGUGGUACAAAAGUUUCAAGCAGUAAGAGGCUGGUCAGAGAGGGAUCAGGCAGCCUUUCAAAGAGUAUGGGGAUUGAGACGAUGCCUCAUCCUAUCCUAUCAACUGUGAAGAGCCUGAGUCCCAGACGGCAGUUUCCUGGUAGGAAGAGAAGAUUGUCGAUUGUCAGACAUGCUCAUUACGCUGCAGUGAUGCAAGGUCUCUCCAAAAAGUCAUGCAAAAAGUCCCACUUUGAGGAGCAGAUUCCCAUCAAUGGUGCCACUCCUUCAAAGCGGCACUGCUCUGAUGCUGAAUCAUCCAUGGAUCAGUUCUUCAAGAGAAAAGGGCUAUCUGGUUCUUCGCAGUCAGCGUAUGUUUCAACCUACGUAGCAGAAGCUCCCUCUGUGCCUUACAUUUACAGCUCCCAAGACAGGCAGAGUCCUUUUAAGGCAAGCAGAAUGGGAACCCUCAGUAGGUCACCUCAUGCAUUUUCCAGAAGCCCCAAUGGUUAUGGUUCGACAGAGCCUAUGACAUCUAGAUCACCAGCCAUCCUUAUGCCUUCUCCUCCAAAGAGGUCUGCUGGGCUUCAUUACCCCCAUGACUCCAGUCGGUCACCCAAGUCGCUGCCCCAUUCUCAUCUGUCAGCCCAGCGAGCAGAGAGCCACCGGGGUUUCAGACAGCACCUCUCCUUCGACUCCUCCCUGUCACGCCCCGUCUCCAUGUCACCAAAGCAAGUGGAUGAGGAUUUCAAAAAGCUUUACCACAAGUUUCUGUGCUGCAAUGAAUCCAAUGCCUUCAACGCCCCUCCUUGUCGAUUGUGUGGAAGGAGCUCUGAGGCCAGAAGGGUCCUCUCCCCCCUGUCUUUGGCAACCCCUGCCUUGUCACCCCACCGCUCCAACCUGAGUAAGUGGUACAUGGAGGAGAGUGAGGAAAGCCACCCACAGUCCAAACGCCUCAGGGAGGUUACCUUUACCUACUCCCCGGGGUCGAAAAAGCAAAGCAACGAGACGCUGAGACGGCGUCGCCUAUCUCGGUCUGAGGCGGGGCCAUCUUUCUGUACAGCCCCUAACAGCGUCAGUGAGACUCAGCAACCCGCAGAAAAUGUGGAGGAAUGGCUGAUCAAACACCAGCCUUUCUUUGCAGCCAAAGCCUACAGAUGAACCAGGACUCAUCUGCAGAUGUUGACCUACCCUACCUAUUCAUGGAUCAUUUUUCCAAGAUCUAAUUUAAGUUGGGUUGUUUAAAACUUUUGAAACUUUUUCUACUGUUCUUUAUCAUUAUUUUGGUUCUCAGUGAUAAAAAAGUUUUGUAUUGCAGCUUUUUUUUUUUUUUAUUGGCAAAAAGCACCUUAAUUUUGUUGUACAAUGUUUACAUUUCAUUUAUUAAAAGUUCAAAGGGUUAAAACUAUAUUGGCAAAACAUAGGUUUCUUUGGUCUCAAAUCUUUUGUGUUUCUUGACAUUUUAAUGUUGUUUGGAAAUACUUUGAUUACACAGAAAAAUAUACACUUUUGUAAAUACAUUUGAUGUAUACAUCAUGGAUCAUUUUUCAAGAUCUAAUUUAAGUUGGUUUGGUUAAAACUUUUGAAGCUUUUUCUACUGUUUAUCGUUAUUUUGGUUCUCAGUGAUAAAAAAAAAGUUUUGUAUUGCACCUUUUUUUGGCAAAAAGCACUUUAAUUUAAUUGUACAAUGUUUACAUUUCAUUUAUUAAAAGUUCAAAGGGUUAAAAAUAUAUUGGCAAAACAUAGGUUUCUUUUUUUUGGUCUCAAAUCUUUUCUGUUUCUUGACAUUUUAAUGUUGUUUGGAAAUACUUGGAUUACACAGAAAAAUAUACAAUUUUGUAAAUACAUUUGAUGUAUAUGUCAUGGAUCAUUUUUCAAGAUCUAAUUUAAGUUAGUUUGUUUAAAACUUUUGAAACUUUUUCUACUGUUUAUCGUUAUUUUGGUUCUCGGUGAUAAAAAAAAAGUUUUGUAUUGCACCUUUUUUGUUGGCAAAAAGCACUUUAAUUUUGUUGUACAAUGUUUACAUUUAAU